AUGUCUGGACCAAUGUCAUAUCAGGACCCGGAGAAAGAUAUUGGCCGCGCCGAAAAAGGACCCGACUCAUUGGGAAGCGGGAGUGGUAGAGAUGGCAAGGAUGGAACAUACAUCGUCGCUGGCGAAGUCUUGGUGACGCACGAGAAGACCACUGAGCGUGGGCUGAAGAGUCGCCAUGCACAGAUGAUUGCGCUUGGAGGUUCCAUCGGUACGGGAUUGUUCGUUGGAAGCGGACAGACUCUUGCGCGUGGAGGGCCGAUCUUCAUCCUGGGAUCCUAUAUCUUCAUGUCGUUCUUGGUCCUGUGUCUCGUCUCGGGCAUUGGUGAAGUGGCCGCUUGGCUCCCCGUUCCAGGUUGCUCGAUGAACAUGUCAUUUGGACAUCGCUACGUCAGCCGCACCCUAGGAUUCAGCUUGGGAUGGCUGUAUUUCUACUCUCUUGGAAUCCUGGUACCUUACGAAAUCACAGCUGCCGGUCUGGUGAUUAACUACUGGAACUCAAAUGUGCACAUAGCGGUCUGGAUCUCCAUCAUGAUUGUUGUCAUCGUGGGGUUGAACCUGCUUCCUGUCAAGUUCUACGGCGAGACGGAGUUCUGGUUUGCCGGAAUGAAGGUUAUCAUGAUGCUGGGGCUUCUUGCCAUGUCAUUCAUUCUCUUCUGGGGAGGUGGACCAAGCAGGGAUCGUCUUGGCUUCAGAUAUUGGAAAGAGCCUGGUCCAGUGAACACUUAUCUUGAGAAAGGAGACACCGGUCGUUUCUUGGCUCUGCUGUCGACUUUUAUCUUGACAGCUUUCCCAUUCGCAUUCGCACCAGAGCUCCUCGUGGCUACGGGUGGAGAAAUGGAGAGCCCCCGUCGUAACUUGCCCACCGCCGCCAGAAGAUACAUCUGGCGUCUGAUUGUCUUUUACGUCGGAUCCGUCUUGGCCAUUGGCUUGAUUUGCCCUUCUAACGACGCUCGUCUUACARGCGGCGCCGUUGGGGCAGGUUCCUCCCCCUUUGUUGUCGCCAUCAAGAAUGCAUCGAUUCCUUACCUCGACUCGAUCAUCAACGGUGGAAUCAUCCUCUCCGCCUGGUCCUCUGGAAACUCCUUCAUGUUCCUCUCCAGCAGGUCUCUCUACGCCCUCUCAAUGAGCGGUAACGCACCAGCUUUUUUCCGCGUUUGCAGCGGGAACGGAGUCCCAUAUCGCGCCGUCGGUGCCAGCGCCAUCUUCUGCGCACUUGCUUAUUUGAAUGUGGCCAAUGACUCGGCAGUGGUCUUCAACUGGUUCGUUAACCUCACCAACACAUCCUGCUUCAUCAGCUGGGUCGCUUGUGGAAUCAUCCACAUUCGAUUCCGAAAGGCUUGCAGAGCGCAAGGAAUCACCCUCGGAGAAUUACCGUAUUACUCCAAGUGGUUGCAACCGUGGGGAAGUUACGUCGUGGUUGUCGUCUUCACAAUUCUGUGCUUCCUCAACGGCUUCGCUACAUUCUGGAGUGUCGACAAGGGCAGCUUCGCCAGCAGCUUCCUUACCGCUUACGUGGGAAUUCCACUCUUCUUCGUCUUCUAUUUCGGCCACCGCUUCUACGCACGAAAGGACCGCUGGGCCCGUCUUCCUGAAGAAGUCAACCUUCAUACUGGAUUGGAGGAGUUGAUCGCAGAGGAGAAGCCGCAGAGAGUGUUCAAGGGCAUUCAGAAGCUCAGGUAUAUUUGGGAGUAG